UCCUCUCAGUGUAAGAUGGUGGUUUGUGUUGUAAGUUGGUAGCCAGCACCUUUUCAGGCGGAGAGAAAAGGGCCGGGCGGUUUCCUUGGGGCAAAUGCUACCUAGUCCCACAGACGGCAGCCUUCUGUAAGGGCGUUACUGUCCCGCACGGCAGACUUCUCCCCUCAACAUCCUGGAGAGGGAUCUCCAGCAACUCAGAGGCAGGGUGAGUAUCCUGACUAUCCCAAUUGAGCCAACGCCAUAAACUACGCCAGCCGCCGAGUUGUCAUCUUCAUUGGAGGACAUAAGGGACAUAGUUGAGCGAAAGCCUCGUCCGGUUGUCAGGCGGCUGUUCAUCUGUCACAGCCGAGGCAGCUUCUCUCAACGUUAGGCUGGUCUCUCGGUUAUGUCGGGUACUGCCGGCGGAGGGCAGGCCGUGUAAACUCCUCUUCCUGGCAGACUUUUAUUUUUUUUGUUUUGUUUUGUUUUGUUUCCUCUCAGGAGCACAACGUAUAUACGACACGUUAGUGUGCGGGGAAGCACCGGUGUCUUGAGGUAACUUUGGCGGAGGAUUUCUUGUCACGUGUCACAGAUAUCGGCUGCUAAAAGGAGGCCUAAUGAGCCUUUAACUGAUGUGAGCUCCUUAGAUCAUCGGGACAAGACAGGGUCCAGUGCAGUGUCCACAGCUCCUCCUGCCCCUUUUCCCGUGAAAGCUGUCCAGUCCAGAGGUGUGGAAUCAUAGAAUGCCCCGAAGCCCCGAGGCGAAGGACGACCCGAUGGAGUGCCCGCUGUGUAUGGAACCACUAGAGAUCGAUGAUGUAAACUUCUUCCCCUGCACCUGUGGAUACCAGAUCUGCCGCUUCUGCUGGCAUCGAAUCAGGACAGACGAGAACGGUCUCUGUCCCGCCUGCAGAAAGCCGUACCCAGAAGACCCUGCAGUGUACAAGCCUCUGUCCCAUGAGGAACUGCAGAGGAUAAAGAACGAGAAGAAGCAGAAGCAGAACGAGAAGAAGCAGAAGAUCACAGAGAACAGAAAACAUCUGGCCAGCGUCCGUGUGGUCCAGAGAAACCUGGUCUUUGUAGUGGGGCUAUCUCAGAGGUUGGCCGACCCUGAGGUUCUAAAGAGGCCAGAAUAUUUUGGGAAGUUUGGGAAGAUUCAUAAAGUGGUGAUCAACAACAGUACGUCAUACGCUGGUUCACAGGGACCCAGUGCCAGUGCCUAUGUCACAUAUAUUAGGUCUGAAGAUGCGCUGAGAGCAAUCCAGUGUGUCAACAAUGUAGUGGUAGAUGGCAGAACGCUUAAGGCAUCUUUAGGAACAACAAAAUACUGCAGUUACUUUUUAAAGAGCAUGCAGUGCCCCAAACCAGACUGCAUGUAUCUACACGAGCUGGGGGAUGAAGCUGCUAGUUUUACAAAAGAGGAGAUGCAGGCAGGAAAGCACCAAGAGUAUGAGCAGAAACUACAAGACCUCUACAAAAUCAACCCAACCUUUCUACAGACCUCAGCUGUGUCAGGGGACAAACCAAAGGGCAAAGCCAACUCUUUACAGAUAUCUAACAGCUCCAGUAAAGACAGCUGGCUGUCAUUACAGCCAUCAGGGAAAACGACCAACGGUCUGUCGUCAGACCACAGGAAGAGUCCACCAUUAGAUGGCUCUGACUCUGAACACUUGACCCCUGAGGGGCCCGAACCUGACCUCGGCCUUGGCCCCAUACCGGCCCUCACCCCUUUCUCUUCAAACUGUGACAUCGCUAGCCCAAGCGACAAACUGCCAGAAAUGAUCACUAUAGGCAACGGUGAAACCUCACAACUGCUCGCGGGCAGUGACUUUCCAUCACCCCCUCCUGGCCUCAGUAAGCCCAGCCGCGUGGUUCCCAUCAGCGUCACAGGCCACGCAGCUCGCUCCCUGUUUGAGGUGGCCGCUGCGGAGUCCCACUCGCUGUUCUCAGACAACAGUAACUUCAGGCAUCCAAACCCUCUCCCCAGUGGACUGUGCAGCUUCUCCAGUUCCCCACACAGCAACUCAGACUGGCCCACUGCACCAGAACCACAGAGUCUCUUCACGUCAGAUACCAUCCCAGUGUCGUCGUCCACAGACUGGCAGGCAGCGUUCGGCUUCGGCUCGUCCAAACAGCAACAGGAGGACGAGCUGGGCUUUGACCCCUUCGACAUCACUCGCAGGGCUCUGGCUGACCUCAUAGAGAAGGAGCUCUGUGUCGAAGACAGCUUCAGCUCCUCCCUGUCACCCGGCUUCUUCCCCCACAGAACCCACAGACCCCUGCUAAAUAAAGGCCUCGGGCCCACAGGGGGGCUGCCACUCUCCAACCAACUCCCACACUCUCACCAUAUCUCCCAGAAUCAGCACCCUCACAGGGGGGGCUACAGCUCUUUGAGCUUCCCCACUCACCUUUCUUCAUCAUCAUCGUCAUCAUCCUCAUCGUCAUCAUCAUCAUCAUCAUCAUCUUCAUCCUCCUGCUCCUCCACCACCUUCUCCUCCCCCUCCUCCUCAGCAUUUUGUCAGUCCUGGAUGGGUCCCAACUCCUCUCGCAGUAACUUUGUUCAUUUGAACCACACAGUCAGUCCAACAGCCUCCACCUCAAGCAGCAGCUUCGUGGACUAUACCAUGCUGCCGGGACACCGCAGCACUGGGCUGGGAGGAAUCCCAAUCACAGAAAACGGAAGUUUUGUAGAGAGUAUAAAUGUGAAGGAAUGGCAGGAUGGCCUCAGAGCGCUGUUGCCAAACAUCAACAUCAAUUUUGGAGGUCUGCCUAACUCCUCGUCUUCCUCGUCAUCAUCCUCCUCCUCAUCCAGCGUCAACCACACGGGGGCACCCGGGAUUUCUGGGAGUGUUUCCCACAGCCUCCGUUGGGACGGCACGGCCAGCUGGAUGGACCCAGCCAUCAUCACAGGGAUCCCAGCCUCAGGUGGCAACAGUCUGGACUCUCUUCAAGAUGACAGUCCUCCACACUGGCUCAAAUCCCUGCAGACGCUCACAGAAAUGGAUGCCCCGUCCAGCUCCGCCUCACAAAACGGCCCCUUUGGGGUCCCGCACCCACCCCACAGAGCUGUCUGGGCACGCUACCCAACCCCCACCAGCCAGUUCCACUCUCCACCACCAGGUUUCCAGACAGCCUUCAGACCCCCAACACAGACCCAGGCAGACCUGCUACAGAGUGCCGCCAUUGACCGCCACUAGGGACUGUUAACACACACACACACACACACACACACACACACACACACACACACACACACACACACACACAACCACACACAACCACACACAGCCACCUGAAUGACACCGAAUCAGCAGAUAAAGAGUACAAAACUAUUAACAACUAAUAAGAUAACAUAAUAUUUUAAUUCCUCUGAGCUCUUGUGUUUCUUGUCUUGGUUUCUGAUUGGUCGCUGGAGUUGGUCUAAGCACGCUACCACAGCCACACUAUCUGAAUACAUCAUGAUCACAAAGGUCUACUGAAUCAGAAGCAUAUUCACUCUGUUAGGACAAGAAUCAGAAGCAAUUUCCAGAGUCCGAAAAAGUUUUGGUAAUCACAAGGUGAAUUACAGCCAUCAUAUUGAGGAAGUGUGUUUGAGAGAUGCUUUGGAAUAAAAACAGCUGAUUUAUGUGAUGUUUUAAAGCAUGAUUGAGCAUGCCUCUCAAUAAGUCCAUUCCUGUUAGUCUUUGUGUCUGGGUCGGAAGACUCCAAGUUUCAAAAUUUAAAAAAAUCUGGGUAUAUGUCUCUGUAGCCCAAUCCUCACCUCUGCUUGAGGCUCGAGGCUCAAGGCUCAAGGCUACAUUAGCUGCCACUAGCAUAACACAACCCAGCUGCAAGUUGUUGAAUUGUGUUGUAGGUACUGUAGACACCAGGUUUUGCAAAAGGAGAAUAAUGUGUGGAAUAAAAAAGACAAUAUCUCUGGUUCUUUUGCAUCAGUUUUGAUCCUUCUUAUUUAAGCAGUCCAUUGUGAGUCUGACAAUGUUUUACGAGUGCAAUGCUAAAUCAGUGGAGUACUCGUUUUCAUUCACUGGAUCAAAGCAAUUGGGCAAAAAAUUGGAAAAAAGCUAAGCCUUAUCUUUGAUGAGAAGAGAUACAAGACUUGUGUUCACAUUGAAGUCUCCACUACAGUGUGGGAUGGACUUCACAAAGGACGAUGACAUGGUUCUGUUUCUACUACAAUGGGUGUCUGCAUACAUUUACGUGUUCCCACAUCGGUGUGUAUGGUCCUCAGGGUCACACACUUUGGGCUGUGACCCCCAUAGAUGGUCCCUCAUGGACACACCCUUGCAGAUUUGGGCAUAAAGUAUGAUUUGUGUGUAAGGAAUGCAGUGCUUCUUACAGAGCAGUAAAUAGGUUAGAGUCUCUUCUAUAGACUUAAAAUUUUGCAAGGCAAAAGCACGAAGUGUAUAUCUGUGGAGCCCCGUGUGGCUGCUCAGAGAAUCUUCACCCUGUGAACCCCUGGAGAUGGCAAAGCCUGUGUAUCAAAGGGUUGAAACUAGACAGACAACUGCAUCAGGAUGUGAAGUGUCUCGCCUCAGAUUAGGUUUAGCUCAGUGUCAGCUGUCUACAGAGACCCUGUCCAUGGUUCAAGAUUUAUAUGACAGUUUAAAGCCUCAACUCAUGAGAGUCGGGUCCCUGUACAUUUAAACCAUUUGAUUUCACCAGUAGAAUGAUAGCAGGGGAAAAAAAAUCACCCCUUUCACGUUCAGCAGAGCACAGAAGCAAGAAAAAAAAGAACUUCAAUUCUCUCUUUUUAACUUGCAUUUAAAAACCAAAAUGUGUUUUCCCAUGUGGGUGGGCAAAUACAGACACAGACAAAUACAGCUUGUAAGCAUUUAAGGACCAAUGACCUGAGGCGCUGUUGAUGAGGGGGUUAAGCUUGUGCGUCUGUAGGCGGUCUCCUGCAGCUAAGACAAGGGUCUGAAUCGUCAAAAAAAAAAACAAACCAAAAAAAUUGCUCCUGGCUUCUGCUCCUGGCUUGCAACCAGGACAGCAUGUCGUCAGCCACCCACCCGACCCUAUUAUCUGUUUUUGAUUUAAAUAUACCAAUAGGCUGUAUUUGUAUAUAUUGUAUACCAUCAAUACAAUAGUACAAUAUGACGCUCAUGGGGGUUCUGCGUAGGCGGAGGGCCCACCUACAGUCAUCUUCUGUUUUGGUUUCCUGAUUGUAAAUCAUAUUGGGACAUCAGGCUGUGUUAUUGUCUCUGUUUUUUUUUUUAACAAAACGAAAAAAAACCUUUUUUUUAGCAUUCUUGCUUUUUCUGCUGUCAGCAGAAAACAGUAUUUGAUCUCAGCUACAUGUCAAAAUCUAAUAAUCAAGUUUUUAAUUGGAUUGGGCAGGAACAGCAGGAGACUCGAAUGAAUCAAACAGUUACUUUCACAGGAUUCCUGAAGUAGGUCCUACUUCAGUGAUAUUUGACGACUUUUUUUUUUUUCCUUUAGAAGAUCAGUUGAAUCUUGAGGCAGUGUGUGCUGGGAUAGUUGAGCUUCAGACCAACCCAAACAUUCAGUAACAUGAGCUGCACAUUAGUGGUCGACCGAUAUUGGUAUUUCCAUGGCCGAUGCCGAUAUUAGAGAGCAGGGCGGGCGAUGGCCGUCAUAUAAUGCAGUGUACAUUAUAACAUAACAUGAUAUACAUAAACUCUAGCCAGUAAUGUUUCUGGAGUAGAUUUGCUUACAUUCAGAAUGGGAGAAAUGUGUUAACAUUUAGAAAAGAUGAUGGUGACUGAGGAAAUGUAGGCAACAUUUAUAGCAGGGUGCAUGAAAGGGGCUCAAAACUAACUUUUCCACCACCUUCCCAAAACUGUCCCAAAUUGUAUUUUGUAUGUUUUUUUAUGUUUGUUGACAGACUCAUUUACAAGCCAAAUAGCCAAUCUAAGUGAUCAGACACAUUAAAAAUGAUAACUUUGUUCACUCGCAUUGCAUAACCUGCUCAUACAGUCUUGGUCGAAAUUAUUGGCAUUUUAAGUGCAAUAAGAACUUAAGUAUAUCUUCAGAAAUAAAUGCAAAUUAACCAAUUUUGUAUAAUAUGAAUAUUUAAUAAAAUGUCCAAAGGU